AAUGAUGUCAAGACAGGCCUUUCUCUGCAGUUUGGGAUCUCUGUAUUUGUCCCUUCUGUUUGUAUUUCUUCUAAUGGAUGUUUAUGCAAGGCCUGCGAAUAAUUCGGCCCUCAAAGAAAAGCCAGCUGACAGUAAAGAUGAGAAUGAGAUCUUGCCCCCAGAUCACUUGAACGGGGUCAAAAUGGAGAUGGAUGGACAUCUUAACAAAGAAUUUCAUCAAGAAGUUUUUCUAGGAAAAGAGAUGGAAGAGUUUGAGGAAGAUUCGGAACCCAGAAAAAAUAGGAAGAAGCUCAUGGUCAUCUUUUCAAAGGUGGAUAUAAAUAAUGAUAAAAAGAUAGGUGCGAAAGAGAUGCAGCGCUGGAUCAUGGAAAAGACAGAUGAACAUUUCCAGGAAGCUGUGGAAGAGAAUAAAAUGCACUUCCGAGCUGUGGACCCUGAUGGUGAUGGCCAUGUGUCCUGGGAUGAAUAUAAAAUUAAAUUUUUGGCAAGUAAGGGCUUUAAUGAAAAAGAGAUCGCAGAGAAGAUCAGAAACAAUGAAGAAUUGAAAAUAGAUGAAGAAACACAGGAAGUUUUGGAUAAUCUGAAGGAUCGGUGGUACCAAGCUGACAACCCACCUCCUGAUCUGUUGUUGAAUGAAGAAGAAUUCUUGUCCUUUCUUCAUCCAGAGCAUAGUAGGGGAAUGCUGAAGUUCAUGGUGAAAGAAAUCAUCCGAGAUUUGGAUCAAGACGGGGAUAAGAAACUUACCCUUUCAGAGUUCAUUUCAUUACCUGUUGGUACUGUAGAGAACCAGCAAGCUCAAGAUAUUGAUGAUGAUUGGGUAAAAGAUAGAAGGAAGGAAUUUGAAGAAGUCAUUGAUGCUAACCAUGAUGGUAUUGUCACAAUGGAAGAGCUGGAAGAAUAUAUGGAUCCUAUGAAUGAAUACAAUGCCCUAAAUGAAGCAAAGCAAAUGAUAGCAGUAGCAGAUGAAAAUCAAAACCAUCACUUAGAGCUGGAGGAGAUCCUGAAAUACAGUGAAUACUUCACAGGCAGCAAGCUUAUGGACUAUGCGCGUAACGUCCAUGAGGAGUUCUGA